CAUCUCUGAGUCUAACUCAUAAAAGUAUUCAGAGUUCAGAGUCCAUGUUGACGUGGACGGAGCAGCAGAGGAGACCAGAUUCAAAGAUGGUCGGUGUUUCUGGUUCAUGUCUCUGAAUGACUGAAGUCUAGAAGAUGGAUGAUUGUGUGGAGAAAGAGGAGGAGAGACCAGAGUCUCCAGGAUCCAUCUGUCUCUCUAUGAAGAGUGACCGGUCCAUAUAUGAACCUCCAGACUUCAGUAAUGAACCUGGACCUUCAGACACAAAAGGUCGUUACUGCAGUCAGAGACCAGAGUCUCCAGGAUCCAGCUGUCUGUCUAUGAAGAGUGACUGGUCCAAAGAGGAACCUCUAUGGUUCAGUAAUGAACCUGGACCUUCAGACACAAAAGGUCGUUACUUCAGAGGAGUGAAUUCUGCAGCCUCCAGUUGUCUGUCUACGAAGAGUGACGUCUCCAAAGAUCUACCUGACGACUUCAACAAUGAACCUGCUCCAAUGAAACGGAGCUCCUACCAGUCGGCUUCAUCGGAAAAUCUGGGAUAUGGAAAAAGAUCCAGAGCAAGCUUUCCACAAGCAGAUGCCGGUCUGCAGGAGGUCCUAGAUGAACAUAAGAUCAGUCUGAGGAGCAGAUGUGAACAUGUGACUGAAGGAAUUGAUGAAACAGGAAGUAGAACCCCCCUCAACAGGAUCUUCACUGAGCUCUUCAUCACAGAGGGACUGAGUGAAGAGGUUGAUACCCAACAUGAGGUGAGGCAGCUGGAGACAGCGCCCCGGAUGAAGAGCCUCCAUGACGCUCCAAUCAGAUGCCAAGACAUCUUUAAAGCCUUACCUGACCAACAUGGAGCCAUCAGAGUGGUUCUGACGAAUGGCGUCGCUGGUGUUGGGAAAACCUUCUCGGUUCAGAAGUUCUCUCUGGACUGGGCCGAGGGCUCGGAGAACCAAGAUGUCACCGUGGUGAUUCUGCUCUCGUUCAGGGAGCUGAACCUGAUCAGAGAUGAGCAGUUCAGUCUUCUCAGGCUGAUCCAGGUUUUCCAUCCAUCGUUACAGAAGCUCACAGCAGAGCAGCUGGCUGCCGGGAAACCGUUGUUCAUCUUUGACGGCCUGGAUGAAAGCAGACGUUCACUGGACUUCAACAACGGUCCGGUCGUGUCUGACGUCACACAGAGCUCAUCGGUCAACGUGCUGCUGACUAACCUCAUCCAGGGGAACCUGCUUCCCUCAGCUCUCAUCUGGAUAACUUCCAGACCUGCAGCAGCCUAUCAGAUCCCUCAGAAACAAGUUGACAGGUUAACAGAAGUACGAGGCUUCACCGACGGCCAGAAGGAGGAAUACUUCAGGAGGAGGUUCAGGGAUGAAGAGCGGUCCAGCAGCAUCGUCUCCCACAUGAAGACAUCCAGAACCCUCCACAUCAUGUGUAAACUCCCGGUCUUCUGCUGGAUCACUGCUUCAGUUCUGGACCACAUGUUGACCACAGAGCAGAGAGGAGAGCUGCCCAAGACCCUGACUGACAUGUUCUCCCACUUCCUGGUGGUCCAGACGAAGAGGAAGAAGAACAAGUACCAGGAGGGACAUGAGACGAGUCCACAGGAGCUGACGGAGGCUGACAGGGACCUUCUCCUGAAGCUGGGGAGGCUGGCGUUUGAACAUCUGAAGAAAGGAAACAUCAUGUUCUACCAAGAAGACCUGGAGCAGUGUGGUCUUGAUGUCCCAGAGGCCUCGGUGUUCUCAGGAGUUUGUACCCAGAUCUUCAGGAGAGAGUGCGAGAUCUUCCAGAAACCCGUGUACUGCUUUGUUCAUCUGAGCAUCCAGGAGUUCCUGGCUGCAGUUUACAUGCUCCACUGUUACUCCACCAGGAACACAGAUGUGCUGAAGAACUUCCUGGGAAGAAACUACAGAUGCUCAACUCUGGAUGACUUCCUGAAGAGAGUCAUGCGUAAAUCCCUGGAGAGUAAAAAUGGCCACCUGGACCUGUUUGUUCGCUUCCUUCAUGGUCUUUCUGUGGAGUCCAACCAGAGACUGUUAGGAGGUCUGCUGAACCAGACGGAGAACCGUCCAGAAACCAUCCAGAGAGUCAUCAACAACCUGAAGAAGAUGAUCACUGACAGCAGCUCUCCUGACAGAAGCGUCAACAUCUUCCAGUGUCUGAUGGAGAUGAACGACCUCUCAGUUCAUCAGAAGAUCCAAGAGUUCCUGAAGUCAGAGAACAGAUCAGAGAAGAAACUCUCUGAGAUCCAGUGUUCAGCUCUGGCCUACAUGCUGCAGAUGUCAGAGGAGGUUCUGGAUGAGUUGGACCUGGACAAGUACAAGGCAACAACACCAGGGGAUCGACUGAGACUGAUUCCAGCUGUGAGGAACUGCAGAAAGGCUCGAUUUGUUGGUUGUGAACUCUCAAAGACUCACUAUGAAGUUGUUGCGUCCGCUCUGAAGUCCAACCCCUCCCAUCUGACAGAACUGGACCUGAGUCGGACCAAGAACCUGGAGGAUUCAGGAGUGAAGGUUCUGUCUGGUGGACUGGAGAGUCCAAACUGUAGACUGGAGACUCUGAGGUUGGAGAACUGCAGUUUGUCAGAGAUCAGCUGUUCUUCUCUGGGCUCAGCUCUGAAGUCCAACCCCUCCCAUCUGAAACAUCUAGACCUGAGUCUGAACGACCUGCAGGAUUCAGGAGUGAAACAUCUGUGUGGUUUCCUGGAGAGUCCAGACUGCAGACUGGAGACUCUGAGCUUGCAGCGCUGCAGGAUGUCAGAGAUCAGCUGUUCUUCUCUGGUCUCAGCUCUGAAGUCCAACCCCUCCCACCUGAAACAUCUAGACCUGAGUCUGAACGACCUGCAGGAUUCAGGAGUGAAACAUCUGUGUGGUUUCCUGGAGAGUCCAGACUGCAGACUGGAGACUCUGAGCUUGCAGCGCUGCAGGAUGUCAGAGAUCAGCUGUUCUUCUCUGGGCUCAGCUCUGAAGUCCAACCCCUCCCAUCUGAAACAUCUGGACCUGAGUGACAACGACCUGCAGGAUUCAGGAGUGAAACAUCUGUGUGGUUUCCUGGAGAGUCCAGACUGCAGACUGGAGACUCUGAGGUUGGAGGGUUGCAGUUUGUCAGAGAUCAGCUGUUCUUCUCUGGUCUCAGCUCUGAAGUCCAACCCCUCCCAUCUGAAACAUCUGAAACAUCUGGACUUGAGCUGGAACAAGCUGCAGGAUUCAGGAGUGAAACAUCUGUGUGGUUUCCUGGAGAGUCCAGACUGCAGACUGGAGACUCUGAGGUUGGAGAGCUGCAGUCUGUCAGAGAUCAGCUGUUCUUCUCUGGUCUCAACUCUGAAGUCCAACCCCUCCCAUCUGAAACAUCUGAAACAUCUGGACCUGAGUUACAACGACCUGCAUGAUUCAGGAGUGAAACGUCUGUGUGGUUUCCUGGAGAGUCCAGACUGCAGACUGGAGACUCUGAGGUUGGACUGGUGCGGUCUGUCAAAGAUCAGCUGUUCUUCUCUGGUCUCAGCUCUGAAGUCCAACCCCUCCCACCUGAAACAUCUGGACCUGAGUAACAACUACUACCUGCAGGAUGCAGAUGUGAAGCAGCUGUCUGACAUGGUGAAGAGUCCAGACUACCAGCUGCAGACUUUCAGCUGUAGAUGAUGAGAGUGAACAGGACGGUGUUUGUGCUGAGAGGAUGAGACGUGUCCUGAUGGUCCUCAGAGGUUCAAGCAGAACCAGUUUGUGUUGACAAACUCUGACUGGGCCGUGAUGAUGAUGAAGAUGAAGAUGUACCUAGUUUCUGAAUUCCAGCGUUCUACAAACUUUUCAUAUAUUCAUUUAGUUCAUGUUAAGUCAAAAAAAUUGUAUUAUUACAUUAUUGGUAAAAAACAGUACAUCAAAAUGUAGCCUUUAAUUUGAACUUGAGUUUCUUUCAACAUUGUUCCUCAAGCACUUUGUCUAAAGUCUGGAUGAGUUCUAGUACGGAGGAGCCUACUACUAAUGUACUGAUGGAUAAAUGUCUUACGCUGCCGUGGCGGAGCUGCUCAGCAGAGCAGCCAUCUCCCCCACCGAGUCACGUGACUCCCCCGGUGUUUUCUUUUUAUUUACAUGUUUCAGUUUCAUUCCAAGUUUUCCUUUGUUGUUGUUGUUGUUGUGUUUUCAGCUUCGUCAGGUUUUUAAAGUUUCUUUCCGCGUCACUGAUGAAGAGAGAGAGUGAAGAGAUCCGUGGAAAUAGCAGCGUUUGUUCAUGAAACACGAAACACAAAUGAACUUGAAUUGGUCAAUGGCUGUUCCUCAGUGUUUGUUUCAGUAAAUAUUGUAAAUGUUUUCUGGAUAUUACGAUGAUUGUUAACACUUCAAAGAAACUCAAAAUUCUUCAGUAAAAC